CUCAGCUCCUUGGAGGUCUCCAUAGAGCGAUUCUUGGUCGAAGAAGAGAACGCCAACAAAAAUCUUCGAGUGGAGAGGGACAUCACUAUCGGCAUAAGACUAACUCCUAAGCAGAACCAAACACAAUGACGGCGUCCCCUCUUUGCUCGAUGAAACCCAAGGGCAAUAUCCUUGAGACGCCCACCCGGAGCACAGAGGCGAGGAGUACUCCUUCAAGCGUUGCAUCUAGCGGUCGUGGUGCGACAUGCUUCAGUUUUGUUGGAUUAGAGUUAGACAGAUCUCCUCAAGCUCAAUCUCGCAGAAGUUACCGCUUUAAUACGGUAAGAAAUGGGGCAGCGGGUCAGGGGCAAGAGGAACGACGCCGUCUCUUGGAGAAUGUAAACGGUGAGCGAGUAUCAAAGGUUUUGCAAGAAGUGCGUGAUGAUUAUUAUGAAGAUGUGGGACAUGCGGACGAUGAGGACGAGGAUGAUAAGUGCACGCGAUAUAAUCUUCGACCUUGGGUCACAACUACAGCUGGCGGAGGGAUCCACCAGGCAGGUGGUCAUCACCAUAAAAAUGGAGAACAGCGAGGCACUGGUAGACGCAGCGCCACAUCCGAUAGAGAUUUUCACCUGCUUCCCGCUGAAGAUAGAGGAUAUUUUGGUAGCUCCGAUGAGCUCAGCGAAGGCGAAGACGCUCUUCAUAGCGGCGGCAGGCACGACCAGUCUCCGGAAAGCGGAAGACACUAUAGAACCACAAAGACACGAGAAGAGGGAGUGCCUAUAAAGGGUAGAACAACUCCCGCAAGAAUCAACAACAAUCGACAAAGUGCAACUGUGCAUAAAAAGUGGGAAGAUUACACUCAGCAAGAACAGCCGCGGCGAAGUUACAGGUCGUCUGCAAGGAGGGCAAGUCGAGGAUCUUCUCAACGUAGCUCUAUGGAAGCCACGCCGAGCAGGACAAGGAGGACCAACGGAUCAGGUGGGGCUCCUCCGGGAAAACAGUUGUACGACUGUUGCAUACCUCCAUUCCCCCUACCAACAAGUAGAAGAAGUCCUCCUUCAACUUCUUCCAGAAGAGAUUUAGCUGCAACAGCAGCAGCAGGAGGCGAUGAAGGUGAGUCGUCAGAAGGUGACGACCAGGAAGACCACGUAUCCUGUUCAAGUCGUGGCCGCAAGAUCAGAAAGAAAAAAGGCGGAAAAAGCAUCCUUUCUUCGUUUUCGCGGAGUGCAAAGAAGUUCUGCGGCAAUUGUGCGACUACAUUCAAGGCCUGCUUUGCGGCGGACACGCCACCACUGCGGAAGGAACUCGAGACUCUCUGCGACGAGCAUCUUCCGCGCUUUCAAAACAUUUUUGACGUGUUACCACUCCGACAGGCAGUUUUUUUCUUUGCUCUACUUCUCGGAGUCCUCAGCAUUGAUUUGACGGUUGACGGCCUUCGCCUCUUCAUGUUUCUAGCGACGCUCGCCGUGGUGUCUGUUGGCGCCGUUGGAGCUUGGCGUCGUAGCGUGCACCUUCUCGUUCUGUUCCUCUAUCUGCUUCCACUCAUGCUCGGAGCGCAAGUGGUACUUCUAUACUUUCUAAGGUUGCAACCUUUAUCAUGAAGAAGUUUCUUCGGCUUCGCACAUUGGCACUCGAUGCUCGACUUCGAGCCACCCACCUGGAUUAUUAUAGUAGCAUAGCACACUGUCGUCUUUUCCCACUCAGGAUACUCCUAGGUUCACUCGCUGGAGGAUCCAUUUUUGAAAAAAUCCCAUCUUCUUAAUGUUGUUCAUGAACCAAUACUUACAUCAUGAUCAGUUCGUCGGGAUUGUGCGCGUGCUAUCUGGCGCAGACGGACUUCUCUUGUUGAUUCGGCUUGCCGUUAUGUCUGCUUGGGCAUUGAUGCUACUGGCAACAACAUGGAACCUGAAAAAAGCGUUUGAACAAGGCCUCACAGGUGAUGACAAAUACAGUGACGAAGUAGCGAGCUCAUCUGGAGCAGACGACGUGUGAUGAGAUACUGCGAAAAACUUUCUGGUCACGAACUGGUGCUACGGAUCCAUUUUAAGAUCAUCAUCUGCAAUACAUUAAUUAAAGGAGAAUUCUUAUUUCUGUUCUUGCUAUGCACGACAUAUAACGACUGCUGGCACGACGACGACCUCGACGCACAGGGACUAUGAGUAUGGCUAUCGCUGAAGUAGGGACAGGAAGAUCAAUGCUGAAUAUCAAUAGCGAUGUACUAUGAGUAUGAAGCAUAUCCAAAUAUAAUGAGUAGCUAGCUACACAAUUACGCCAAUUACAUCAAGGGUCAUCCAAUCAUCAAGAAUGAUACAUAGACCGAAUAAAAUGUGGCUCGCAAAAAUCACGUGGACGUGUGUCUUUGGGCAUAACUUGUGUGAAACUUGAUAGACCGCCAUAAUCGACGAUCCAUGAUGAGAAUACACAUGAACAACUAUAACUUUUCACUGGUGAAGAAAAAUCAUGAUGAUGAUAGAAGAUCCUCCCAGAAUAGGAAGCAGCUCUUUCUUUACUCGCAGUCCAUGAAAAAAUACACCACGCCAUGCCUGGCGAGUCCCGAUACAACGGAGUUCCGAUAGAUCUACUCCACGACUGAAAUCAAGAAGAUUACAGUACAACACCCUGCUAGAACGAGAAGAAGAAAAGAUCCCUUUUUUC